AUGGUUGUUGGUGUCAAUUUUGAUAGUGCGGCGAAGCUAGUGUUGGCCCAGUGCGGCGAAGCUGGUGUUGGCACAGGUUUCAAAAAAGAAAACGUUACUGUGGUUGUUGGUUUCAAUUUUGAUAGUGCGGCGAAGCUAGUGUUGUGCGGCGAAGCUAGUGUUGGCCCAGGUUUCAAAAAAGAAAACAUUACUGUGGUUGUUGGUUUUAAUUUUGAUAGUGCGGCGAAGCUAGUGUUGGCCCAGUGCGGUGAAGCUGGUGCUGGUACAGGUUUCAAAAAAGAAAACGUUGCUGUGGUGAUGCUCGUUGACUUUGAAAGCGGUGUGAAGCGGUUGCUAGUGCAAGUUUGA